AUGCAUGCUUCAGAUAUUGAGGCGGUAGAGUUGGCCUCCUAUAAAUUGCGAGAUGUGGCUGUUUAUUGGUAUAGUACCUGGGUGGCUUCUAGAGAGGUAAAUGCACCUCCACCGGCAUGGCAAGAGUUUGUAGAUGUGUUUCUCCGACAGUAUUUGUCGUCAGAGAUUCGACAGGCUAGAGCUGAUAGGUUCUUGAACGUCAGACAGGGGAACAUGAGUGCUCGGGAGUAUAGCCUUCAUUUUAAUUCCUUAUCUCGAUAUGCUCCAGCUAUGGUUGCUGAUAUGGGAGAUAGAGUUCAUCGAUUUGUGAAUAGAUUAGGACCCCAUUUGGUUGAUGAUAUGGAUAUUUCUCAUAAUCAGGCCCAUGCCCAAAAUCUGGAAGAGCGACAACAACAGCGAAGGAGUGAGCGUGAUUAUAAUAGGGGUUAUAGUAAGAGGGCCAGAUCUUCAGGUGCUAUUAGUGAGUUCAGAGAGGGUCAGAGGCAGCAGUAUUCUAGGCACUCGGGCCAGUUAGCGGCUAGUCCAGCUCCUCGAUUUGUAGGCAAGAGAUUUGAUCGCCCCAUUUAUUUUAGACCAGGUACGGAUGCUUGUUAUGCCUGCGGUCAUCCAGGCCAUAUGAUGCGCAACUGUCCAUCUAGAGAUGGUAGAGGUAUGGUUCAGUCGACAGGAUCAGCAGCUAGUUCUUCAUCAUCUGUACGCCCUCUGGGGCAAAGCUCAUAG